AUGAGGUUGAACAAUGAAUCUUGUAAUAAAAUUAAGAGGCAGAUGAUGCAUAUGGAUAAUAGGAGGAGGGGAAAAACGGGAAUUGGUCAAGACGACGACGACGACGACGAGAAAAACGUAGUGGAUUUGAGUGGGAUGUCUUUGGACGUGUUGCCUAAUCCCCCUCUCAAUUUAGCUGCCAUUUCCAGAUUAGACCUCUCCAAUAACAAUCUCCAGAAUAUCCCGGAAUCCUCGACAGCAAGGCUCCUAAACGUCGUCGUAUUAGACGUGCAUUCGAACCAGUUAAAAUCUCUCCCGAACUCCAUCGGUUGCUUGUCGAAGCUCAAGGUUUUGAACGUAUCGGGCAACUUUUUGCAGUCACUUCCUAGGACAAUUGAAAACUGCAGAUCACUUGAGGAGUUGAAUGCCAACUUCAACCAGCUGACCAACCUUCCGGCGACCAUCGGUUUCGAGCUCGUCAACCUCAAGAAACUCUCGGUCAACUCGAACAAGCUCCCUUUCCUCCCUGACUCCAUCUCCCACCUAACCAACCUCCGAACCCUCGACGCCCGUCUCAACUCCCUCCGAGCCCUACCCGACGACCUCGAGAACCUCAUCAACCUCCAAACCCUAAACGUAAGCCAGAACUUCCAACACCUCACCUCCCUCCCUUACUCGGUCGGCCUCCUCAUCUCCCUCGUCGAGCUGGACGUCAGCUACAACAGAAUUACAGUUUUGCCCCCCUCAAUCGGCUGCCUCAACAAACUCGAGAAGCUGUGCGUGGAGGGAAACCCGCUCGUCUCCCCGCCGGCAGAGGUCGUCGGGCGCGGGUUGGACGCGGUGAAGGGUUACUUGUGCGACAAGAUAAACGGGAGGUUGACAACGAAGAGGAAGUCGUGGUUGGGGAAGUUGACAAAGUGUGGGACGUUUGGUAGCAUCGUGAACAUGCGGGCAGUGGACGAGAGGGAGGCGUACAUUAUGCCGAGCUAUAGGAGUGUCGACGGGUUGGCUUCGCCUAGGUAUGCGGGGAUGUUCUCGCCUAAGAGAAUUUUCUCGCCAAAGUCGUAUUUCUCAAGAUGA